AUGGGACUGCUCGAUCUUCCACCUGAGAUCUUCGAACGCAUUAUCACGCACUAUGUGGACGCUCGUGGUAUCCGACGAGCUUGGCGGCGUCGCGAUGUGUGCAGGACUUUUCACGACCAUAUCAACACCGAAGUGCUUGGCAGACAGCCGGCUUCGGCUUACUUGAGUAGAAGCGACUCUCUUUUCGUACGAAACAUCCUCAGCUCCUUCCUCGAGUAUCGCUCCUUCGCACUCUACGGAGCCCAUGAUGUUCUUCCCACUCAUACCAACAAAAUCGUCAACAUCUUCGUUAGCGUCGCCGGCGAUACCUCGCCUAAGCAACACUUGGUCUGGAUUCGUAGAGUUUCCGAGGCUUUGGUGAGAAGCUAUACGAUUCCGAAUGCCUGCAAGCUCGCUUAUAAGCCAAACGACAAGGACCGAAGCAAUCUCGCAUUAUCGUCAGGACAGCAGGAGGCUUUCAAUAUCGCGAUCAUUAUGGGCGAGAAGGAUGUCGUUUCCGCACAUGCUGCCGAGCAAGGUGUAUCUAUGUGGGCCAAAAAAGCGGCAGGAUUGAAUCUGGGUCAUCCGCUCGAGCUUGCGACACGCCGUGGUAAUCUCGAUAUGGUGGAGAUCCUGUUGGCUCAUGCUCAGCGGUCGACCGUCAUCAAAGACAUGAAGCAACAAACUAGUACAGUCGUGAAAAGCAUAGGACAUGCUCUACAAGGCAAUGAACCUAUUGCGCUGGCCGUGCUGGAUUGGUACUUAUCGAACGUAAAACGUUCCGACGCAUGGCAACGACUAGAUUGGUUCCGAGAGGCCUGUAGAUCCGGCAUGACACGCUUCCUCACUAGACUGAUUGAGGGAGUAACACCAUUCUUGAGCGACUUACUCAGGACGGGUUUCCUUCAAAUCGCUAACCCGGAUUGCGACCGAUCCGUACGAAUCCUCCCUCGUAAGGUUCAGCACUUCGACGCUCUCAUCUUAUGUUUUUUGGACGUCGGUCUGUUUGACCGCAGCAACAUCAACUCAUGCGAGCGAAACAGCAGUAUGUUUGGUGGAAACCCGGACGGUUUGCUCGACGUUGCGGUACGAAGCGGAAUCCUGGAUGUUAUCCAGCGCGUUUUGGAUGCUGGUGCACACGCUGAUGGAAUACUCUCUGGGGCUAGGGAGAUGUCAUAUCCUCUACGCGAAGCUGUUCAACGAAAGCGUUUCGAUGUCGUCAAGCUGCUGGUCGAGUAUGACGCUGACCCACAUUCCGAUCUUGGUGCGUAA